AUGCCCUCUUGGAUUCUCCCUGGGCGCGAAUAUGACCAUCAGAGAACCAGCGAGUCCUUGAUAUGGCAGACAUGGCUAUUAUCAGAGGAUGUCGCUCAGACCCUCUCAGAUCUAGUGGCAGAUAUCCCAAAUUUGAUUGUCGCUCCUCAAUUCCCUGUUUGGUUUGUGCCGGAACAUGAUGAACACGAGGAUGAAGAUGAUGGUGACGAUCCCGAGAUGAUAGUAGAGUUGAAAGUUGAAAAGAGUCAAGAAGAGGGAGGGGUUGGGGUAGGUAACACUUCUAUGGCAUCAACCGUCCCGGAGAGGGAUGCUAAGAGCGUCAUUGUGGAUUUUGUGAUUCUCCAUCUUAAGGCAGUGGCUCAGCCACAGUCUGACCCGGAGUGGAGGAUUACUACGGCGAACAUUGGCCUUCUCGUCGAAGUGAAACGGUUCGCGAGCACACCUAUCUACCCACCAUGA